GCUGCCAUUGCAAUCCAUCGGAGAUCUCUCUCUCUCUGCAUCGCCGCCGGCGCCGUUGUUCUCGCCGCCGUCGGCUGCGCCAUGCUCCGCCUCCGAGAGUGCUUCGUUUCCCGUCUCCUCUCUUCACCUUCCACCCCCACCUAUGCCAUCUUCCCACUCCGCCGUCUCCUCUCCGCCGCCGCGCCCCACAUUUCCCCAAAUCCCAGUGGCUUCGCCGUGGAGGACUACCUCGUCGACACCUGCGGCCUCACCCGACCUCAAGCCCUCAAGGCCUCCACCAAGCUCUCCCACCUCAAGUCCCCCGCCAACCCCGACGCCGUCCUCGCCUUCCUCGCCGGCGUCGGCCUCUCCGGCGCCGACGUCGCCCCGGUUGUCGCCAAGGACCCGCAGAUCCUAUGCGCCAAAGUGGACAAAACCCUGGCUCCGGUGGUCGAUGGGCUCACCGGCCUCGGCCUGUCGCCUUCCGACAUCGCCCGCCUCGUCUCGCUCGCCCACAGCGGCUUCCGCUGCAGAUCCGUAGUCUCCAAGCUGCACUACUACCUGCCCCUCUUGGGCUCCUUCCACAACUUCCUCCGGCUGCUCAAGCGGGGAGGAUCCCACCUUCUGUCAUCCGACCUCGACAAGGUUGUCAAGCUCAAUGUUGUGUUCCUCAGGGAGUGCGGGCUAGGUGAUUGUGAUAUUGCCAAGCUGUGUGUCCCUGUGCCGAGGAUGCUGACCACCAACCGGGAGCGCGUCCGUGCGAUGGUGGCAUGUGCUGAAAGAUUAGGCGUGCCGCGUGGCUCUGGGAUGUUUAGGCAAGCGCUGCAGGCUGUCGCGUUUCUCAGCGAGGACAAGGUCGCCGCCAAAUUGGACUACUUGAAGAAUACGUUCAGGUGGUCUGAUGCUCAAGUGAGCAUUGCUGUGCGCAAGUUUCCGAGUGUGCUGAGGAAUUCAAAGGAAUCUCUGAACCACAGGUCCGAGUUCCUGUUCUUUGAGGUGGGGCUGGAACCCGUGUACAUUGCUCAUCGAUCGGACAUACUUUCAUAUAGCAUGGAGGGCCGACUCAGACCCCGCUACUAUGUUAUCAAGUUUCUCAAGCAAAACGGACUGCUAGAUCGUGACCUGAGCUUAUAUUCCGCGGUCAAGAUGACUGAGAAGGCAUUUGUGGAGAAGCUCAUAUGCCCUCACAAGGAAGACGCACCACACCUCGCUGAAGACUAUGCAGCAGCUUGCAAAGGGGAAGUGCCAGCUAAUUUCAGAUUCAUAUGAACAAAAAACGGCUAUGGAAAUUGGUUACAGUGUAUGGCGCAACAAAGUUAUCACCCUGCGUGUAAGCUGUUACUUCCUGUUUCAGUGUUCUUUGCCUUACAUGAUGUUGGCUGUUUUCUGUAGUAUGUCUGUUGCUAAAUGCUAACUCCCUAUAAAGGACAGACCCAGUGCAUAGAAGCUCCCACACAAGGUGGGGUCUGGGGAGGGAUUAUAGGAACCUAGUCUUACCCCUGCAAAGUGCAAUGCAGAGAGGCUGGUUCGAACCCAGGACCUCUUGGCACAAGUGGGGAGGACUUCACCACUGCGCCAGGCCUGCCCUCUAUGAAACUGAUAACUCCCUAUGAAACUGAUAAUUUGUUUCCUGAACCCCCAUAUAUGUUGAUGUUGUCAUUCCUUAGAGGAGAUCUCUGUAAAUGAGAAGUUUAUGGAUAUAUAUGUGAUUCCGACUUGCAUUGAA